AUGCGCCACUGGGACUUGAUUUUUGACUAUCCGAAAAUAACCAAAGAGACACCCGAAGCGAUAGAUGAUUUUCUUGAGACGGUCAAGGUAAACCUCCAAGCGCUAGAAAAACUCGGUGAACCAGUUACCUCAAAUGUCGCUCUUAUAAAAUUAUUCACGUCGAAGCUACCCUCAGCCAUCAUUCGCAAAUGGCAGCGCACAUUGCCGGACAGGAAAAUGCCGUCAUAUACGCAUCUGGUAGACUUUCUGAAAACACGGACGAACGGCGACAGGACAAGUUCAGCAUCAACCGUGAUAAAAAGAGAGUCCGAUCAACACAAACGUCAGCGACCGAACGCACCGCGAAGUUACGCAUUCACAACUACACAUAAUACGUUGGUGUGUCCGAAUUGUCAAGGACAACACGAAUUAUGGAAUUGUGAUGUCUUCAAAGCAAAGUCGCCUAAAAAACGCCUUGAAAUCGCCAAGAGGGCGUCUCUAUGUACCAAUUGUUUAGAUCAACCCGUAGAUCGCUCAAUAAUACAUAUACCGAGGAAUCUCCAACUAGCCGAUCCAAGAUUCCAUAGGCCUGCGCCGAUCGAAAUAUUGUUGAGCGCCGGACCAACGCUAGCAUCACUCUGUGUCGGCCAACUUGACAUCAGUCAAGCAAACGGGCCCGACUUGCGUCUGCAAAAAACGCGAUUCGGAUGGGUCAUCGGGGGGAGCCCAACCUCGCAAUCAUCAGCACUCGCAUUUCACGCCUUCACGACGGCUUUACAGGCGGACCCCGCCCGUGUUUGGGAAAUCGACGAAGGACCGCCCACUGCACACAUUUCGGAAGCGGAACGACAGUGCGAAGAACACUUUCGAAAUCACGAUCAACGCACCAACGAAGGGCGAUACAUGGUCGCUCUCCCAUUCAACGAAACAAUUCCUUCGCUUGGAUCCUCUAAGACAAUGGCGAUGAAGCGACUCAUUUUCCUCUGUCGUCGAUUCCAACGAGACAAACGAUUCGAAGCCGACUAUCGCGCCGUGAUACAAGAAUAUGUGGAAUUAGGACACAUGACGAAGAUUACCACGGACAACUGCACGGACGACGGAUAUUUUCUGCCACAUCACGGCGUGAUCAAAGAGUCCAGCCAAACUACAAAACUCCGAGUUGUGUUUGACGGAUCUGCACCAACCACCACCGGAGUUUCAUUAAACGACGUACUUCAUACGGGACCGAAACUACAAGAUGACUUAUUCUUCAUCCUUCUAAGAUUUCGUUCUCAUCAAUGCGUCAUUACAUUCGAUGUCGAAAAGAUAUAUCGACAAUUUCUUGUGCGUCCAGAGGAUCGAAAAUUUCAACAAAUUUUGUGGCGUAAUUCUGAUGGAGAAGUUGACACCUAUCAACUUAAUACAGUGACAUUCGGGCUGUCAGCGGCCCCUUAUCUAGCCAUUCGGUGCCUCAAACAACUGGCGGACGACGAGGGACAUCGGUACCCACGAGCGGCGACGGUCUUACAGCGAGACUUCUAUGUCGACGAUGUUCUCACAGGAGUUGAUAGAAAGGUCGAGGCACGAUCAUUGAGAACGGAGCUCACGGAACUGGCCGGCUUAAACAUUCGAAAAUGGGCAUCGAACGACCGGGAACUGCUACGAGGACUUUUCGAGCAGGACAUAAACGACAAGCUGCUACUAGGCGAAUCGCAAACCUUCAAAACUCUGGGUGUGGUUUGGAAUUCCUUUGACGAUUCGAUCCUAUAUUCCGUAAAAAUUAAUUCUACCGCCUCUCGAAUCACGAAGAGAACAAUCAGCUCCGAAAUCGCCAAGAUCUACGACCCCCCUGGAUUAUUGGCACCAGUGAUCGUUCGUGCUAAGAUGCUGCUCCAACGACUCUGGACUUUAAAAAUUGAUUGGGACGAAUCUCUACCGGCUGACGUGCACACGGAAUGGAGCAAAUAUUAUGCACAGCUGCCAUUAUUGAAUAACGUGAAGUUUCCACGUAAAACGAUAAUCAAGGCUGCAGCGGAAAUUAAAUUACACGGGUUCUGUGACGCUAGCGAAAGGGCUUAUGGGGCAUGCGUUUACCUUCGCACCAUCACUCCGGAUGGUCAUGUCUGGACACGACUCCUCACUGCAAAAUCAAAGGUGGCUCCACUGAAAUCACAAACCAUUCCAAGGCUGGAACUGAGUGGAGCACUUCUUCUCGCAUCAUUGGCCACCACAGUCCUUCAAGCUUUAUCAAGCAACAUUUCUCGGACUGUUUACUGGACGGAUUCUACAAUCGUACUUCAUUGGAUCAAUACAUCACCCCAUACGCUGAAAACCUUUGUCGCUGAUCGUGUGACAGAAAUUCAGCAGAAGACUCACACCUCAGAUUGGCGUCACAUUCCCACUGCCGAUAACCCUGCAGAUCUCAUAUCUCGAGGCCAAUCACCCGAAGAUUUCCUGCGACCAACCAUUUGGCAACAUGGUCCGGAAUGGCUCCAACAACCAGAAAGAUACUGGCCGACGUGGAACCCAGUACCAUUAACUGAAAUACCAGAGGAGAAGAAAGCAACAUGUCUGGCCGUGACUCCUGCUGACCACAGUCUACUGGAGAGAUUUUCUUCUUGGCCCAAGCUGAUUAGAAUUACCGCUCGUUGCCUCCGAUGGAGACAAAAACAGGAUCGAGGGAGACCUCUAACCACACAUGAUUUAACCAAUGCGCAUAACAAAUUGGUCAAACUGUUACAAUUCUGUUAUUUUUCAGAUGAAAUCCGCACUCUCCGAACAGAUCGAAAUUCUGCAGUGAAGGGGAAGCUGCAACGACUCAAUCCAUUUCUGGACAAAGACGGGAUGUUGCGAGUCGGAGGCCGACUCAGUCACUCACCAAUGCCGUUCAGUCAGAAACACCCAAUCAUUGUACCCAAAUCCUCAGUCACAGCACUCAUAAUCGAGCAUGAACACCUCAUCAAUCUCCACUCCGGAACUCAAGCUACCUUAUACGCCUUAAGAAGAUCUUAUUGGCCUAUCGACGGCCGUAGUCACGUUUGGAGCACGCUGAAGAUGUUCGUCCGUUGCUGCCGAGCUAAUCCACCUCCAGUGGAUUACGUAUUGGGCGACCUCCCAGCCUCACGGAUAACGGAAUCUCGACCGUUUACCAACGUCGGAAUAGAUUAUUGCGGACCGUUUUACAUCAAAGAACGAAAGGAUCGCAACCGACGCAAAAUUAAGGUAUAUGUAGCAAUCUUUAUAUGUCUUGAAGUCAAAGCAGUCCACAUCGAGCUGGUCAGCGACCUCACUAGCGAGGCCUUCAUUGCUGCUCUGCGAAGAUUCAUCGCUCACCGAGAAUUCUGUGUGACAAUUUACUCCGACAACGGUACCAUCUUCGUUGGCGCCAACAAUGAAUUACGAGAGCUCCGAAAUCUCCUGCAAUCCGACGAUCAUAAGGUAAAGGUUCAGUCCUUUUUAGUCGACCGACGGAUCGAAUGGCUCUUCAUUCCUCCCAACUCACCUCACUUCGGAGGGCUAUGGGAAGCUGCAGUGAAAUCCUUCAAACGACAUUUCAGGCGUGUCGCAGGGUGGGGAUACAUGGGAGGCAGACGUAGAGAGGACGGAGCUGCGUGCGUAAUCGAAAUCUCCGGAAAACUGGAGAGCCUGGGCAAGGGAGGUAACCAGAGUGGAGGACUAGUGCCUGUGAGCGCAAAACGGGUGUGGAUACGGGACGUCCGGCUUGGACAAGGAGGAGUUAAAGGAGGACGGAAUGGUUGUCGGUUGCUCACCUGGACAUCAACGCCCGGGGCGUUCGUCCACGGAGCCCUGCUGGAACGCGGCAACGGAUACGCCGCGGUCGAGUGGGCAGGGAUGAUGGUGGUGGGGGUGUACGUGUCACCUAACAGUGGACGGGCAGCGUUCGAAGAAUUCCUAGACGGAGUUGGCGACUGCGUCAGGCGACGACUCCCACGACAAGUGCUCGUCCUGGGAGACUUCAACGCGCACUCCACGGAAUGGGGGAACGCCAGGGCCAACGCGCGGCCGCACGCUAUCAAACUGGGCCGCGGGACUUGGACUUCUGUUAGUGAACAGGGGCUCGACCAGUACCUGCGUGACGUGCAGAGGGAGCUCCAUUGUUGA